UCCUCACUUUGCCCUGGGUGUCUCCAGGAGCUGGGGGAGGUUUGGGAGAGUUUCCAGCCCGGAUUCUUGCUGGCAGGAGCUCACUCCCAGCCUGCUGCUCCCAUGGUAUCCCACAUCCCUGUGCCCUUCCCAGCCUGCUGGAGUGGGACAGAGGGGUCAGGGGUGGUGGCAGGGCUGGAAUCACAACCAGGAGCAGCUUUUGGGCAGGCUGGAGCUCGGGCUUUGGAGGUCUGAACUCCCUCUUGAUGGUGGUCGAUUUUCACUGAGGAAUGGGGCUUCAUCCCGGGUAUCCCGGUGGGGAGUGGGAUGCUGAGCAGCCUCAUCCCUGUGGCAUCUGUUGCCAUGGCAAUCACCGGCUAAAAUAAAGGGGCUGGGUACCCAGAGCUGCUUUGCCAUGUGGUGCCUUGCUCCCUGAGAUUCCUGGCAGCCGAGAUGUCCCUCCUGGGGGGCUGGAAACUCGUGGGUGCCAGAGGGAUUGGUGGGGUGGCCUCGGGUGCCAGCUUGGGAUGGGGUUUGCAUCUGCCUUCCCCUGGGAUGGGGUUUGCAUCUGCCUUCCCCUGGGAUGGGGUUUGCAUCUGCCAGGGGGUGCCAUGAAAUUCUUUGGGAAAUUCUUAGGGAAUUCUUAGGGAUCCAGCCCGCAGGAUGGGACUCACCCAGAGCUGUGAACCCCCACGGAACCGGGACCAGCCCCUGCCACAUGUCCCCAGGGCCAUCCCCGCCCUCCAGGGACACCCAGGACUGCGGCAGGGCUCGCUGGGGUCUGGUGCCAGCAGCUCCAGGGGGACGUGGAGAUCCCGUUCCAUGCCGAGCCCGUCCCAAAGCUGAGCUCCAACAUCUGCCGGCCAUGCAUCCCCCUCUCCCGGGGAGCUGUGCCGGAGCUGCCCGCGCCUCCCACGCCCGGAGGAAGCGGGAUGGGGUUUGGGGUGCGCCGGGAGCUCGGGAGCCGCCGGUGGGAAGAGGAGAGGGAAGUGCUCCAAGGAAGGAAAGGCAGAGCAGCUGCCGCGGGGGAGGCAGGGCGGGCACGGACCCGGCUGUUCCCGGGGGAUUUGCUUGUCCCGUGCCGGGGAAUAAGAAUUUUCUAGAAGGGACAAGCACCGACCCGAGGGCUCCCCCAGUUUCCCCAGCCCUGGCAGGUCCCAGCCCGGAUCCAUUUCAUGAUUUCAUCAAAGCGUGAUGCACUUUGACAGCUCAGGCGGGAUCUGAUGUACUCAAAAGCUGCUCUGCUGGUUUGAUUUAAUUUAAUUUGAUUUGAUUUGAUUAGGUUCUAUCAGUUCUCCUCAACCUGUCCCACUAAAAGCCUGGCCGGCGGGCAGGAGGCGGUGCUGGCAGCCUGCCCAUCCCGAUAAACUCCGGGAGCAGGGCUCUGGCACUGCCCUGCCCGCGGGAUCCGCUGCCAGCCGCGGCCCCGAGCAUCCCCUGCCCUCCCCGUGUCCCCGGGACGCGGAUCCCGCCGCCUUUCCCCGCUCACAUCCGUGCCCCGCCCGCCUGCCUUGGCCGGGGCAGAGCUUUUUCGCCCAGAAAAGCUGGAUUUGAACAUUUUCUGCUGUUCUCUCGGUUUCCUGUUGCCGUCCCAAGAACAACAUCCCUGACCUCAUCCUCCCCCGGUAUGCGCCGGGAUGCUGCCGGUGCUCGAGCCGCCCGUCGGGAAUCCCACCCGGCCUUCCCUGGGUACCAAGGCAAACACAGCUGCGGGAAUGACGGAGAAAAGGCUAUUUUGGGUAAACCCUCUGCUCGUUUUUGUUGAGCUCCUGCCUUAGGCCGGUGUGGAGGGAGCUGCCAUUGUGCCCUGGGACACUGAACUGUCACCUGUCCCCAUCCCGACAGAGAGGAGAGAGCAGGGGAAGAUCCCUGGCUGCAGAUCCCAGCUCCCCGGGAUCACAGGGAUCAGCUGCCGUUCCCAGGGACGAUGGCGCUUCCCAACGCUUCCGAUUACCCGGACGGCCUCAAUAACAACUACAGCGACUACUCCGACUACACCUACGAGGACACCGGCAGCGUGUGGGCAGACCCGGCCCACGACCCCAAGGACAUCACCAGGAUCCUGUCUGUCAUCAUCUACAGCGUGUCCUGCGUGCUGGGCAUCCUGGGCAACGGCCUCGUUAUCGCCAUCAUCACCCUGAAGAUGAAGAAAUCGGUCAACGCGGUCUGGUUUCUCAACCUGGCCGUGGCCGACUUCCUCUUCAACAUCUUCCUGCCCAUCAACAUCGCCUACACGGCCAUGAACUACCACUGGAUCUUCGGCACGGUCAUGUGCAAGCUGAGCUCCUUCCUCCUCAUCCUCAACAUGUACACCAGCGUCCUGCUGCUCACCACCAUCAGCUUCGACCGCUACGUGUCCGUGGUGUUCCCGGUGUGGUCGCAGAACCACCGCUCCACCAACCUGGCCUACGGGGUUUGUGUGAUCAUCUGGACCGUGGGCAUCGUCAUGAGCUGCCCCUCGCUCGUCUUCCGGGACACGGCGCAGACCCGAAACUCCGUGAUUUGUUUCAGCAACUUCUCCCUCUCCAGGAAUAAAUCCUAUGAAGGGCUGGCUCUGAUGAGGCACCGCACCGUGAACAUCACCAGGUUCCUGGCCGGGUACAUCCUCCCCAUCACCAUCAUCACCUUCUGCUACGUCGCCAUCGUCUUCAACCUGCGCCGCAACCGCCUGGCAAAGUCCAAGAAGCCCUUCAAGAUCAUUGUCACCAUCAUUGUCACCUUCUUCCUCUGCUGGAGUCCCUACCACCUGCUGAACCUGCUGGAGACGGUGCCCGACACGGUGCCCUGGUCUGUGUUUGAGAUCUUCAUCCCUCUCACCACGGCUCUGGCAGCCUCCAACAGCUGCAUGAACCCCGUCCUCUACGUCUUCAUGGGCCAGGACUUCAAGAAGUUCAAGGUGACCCUCCUUUCCAGGCUGGUGAACGCCCUCAGCGAGGAGACAGGGCACUCCAGCAUCGUGCACAGGAGCUUCUCCAAGGUGUCCUCCAUGACUGAGAAGGAGACAACAGUUGUCUAAACUCAGCGUGCAGGAGGGACAGGAUCCCCUGGUGCUGGCGCUGUGAUGGUGACCAGCCCUGGUGGGGGUCAGGCGUUGUCCAGCACUGUCCCACAGCCCAUUUUUGACUGGUGUUGCUGCCUGGGGGCUGGCAGGGGAUGGAGACCCGCAAGGUAUGGAGAAGACACAACCACCCUUGAUCUUGUGUGGGAUUGCAAAAAUCCUUGUGGCAAACUAAGAACACAUUUUUGGGCAUUCCCAUCCAACCUUUGCAUUGGCUGACCCAGGAAGGGCUUUCCUGGAGUUUCCAGAGGCACCGUGCAGGAUAUCAGGAAGGCAUCUCCUUGCCAUGGCCAAGUUGGUGACACUCCUCUGUCCCAUGUCUGUUUGAGACUCCUCAUGGUAAAUUCCUGAGGUAUUUUGGUACCAGAACAAGGUGUUUGUGACUUUUUUUUGGAAAAUGUCCUUAGAAGGGAUUGGAAUAUCCCACCUCAGAGAACUGGGAAGUCUCAAUUGUCUUCUAAGUGAUCCAGACCCAGGGCCACCUUCCAGUGUGGAGACUGGGCUCACACACAAGGACACCAGCAUGGAAAACUGGGAGAAGAAAGAGGGAAAAUUCAAUUUGAAAUGUCUUUUUAACCCUCCUUUUGAUGGGCACAUUCCACAUGGUACAUCCUGCAGAGCAAUUGGAUGUUUGGGACUAGGAACAGGCCCAGGAGCUUCUGGGGAGGACCUGCUGUCCCCUCCUGCAGCCAGGGGAGACUGGCUCUGAUGCCAGCUGUUCCCUGCUGGGACCAGUUGAUUCCACAGGGUGAUUUUGUCUCUCCCACCUUGGGACACUCUGGGAAUCUCCUGGGAGACUCUGCUGCCACACACUGAUCUCUACAGUGAAGGACAGACCAAGCCAUCACCUCGAUCCAAUUUCAUGCCCAGUUAAUUUGGGAGCUCCUUCUCCAUCAGGGCUCCUUCCCCACGACCCUGGUGUCACCCUCAUUCACGUGUCACUCCCUGGAGCUGGCUUUGGGCAGCCCUCAGUGGCCCUGGGGACAUUUCACCAGUCCCCCGGGGAGCCUUGUGCAAGUUUUGGCCGUUGAGAAUCUGCCCCCAGGUGCCCACAGAAGCUGAAAUAUUUAUUUAUAGCUUUCCUUGGAAAUCAGAAAAUGGAAAAUAAAAUGGAGAGACGUUUCCCAGGAAAAGGCAGGGAGCUAUUUCCAGGCAGCAGGUCCUGCCAGCUGCAGGUACAAGUAAAGCCCUGAUAACUGAGCUGUGGGAACGUCGUGGAUCAGAGCGGGUGCUGCGGCAGGAGCGGCAUUUCAGGAUUUUGGGAUUUCAGGAUUUUGGGAUUUCAGGAUUUUGGGAUUUCAGAUGGAUUAUCCAGCAUCCACCCCAGCUCUGCCUUGCUGCUCCACCUCGAUCUGCAUCACCUCCUCCAUGUGAAGGGACACUCAGCACCUGGAUUGUCUCCGUGUCUCCUGGGGUUGGGAUCCCCCCACUUCCCUCGGGAGCGCUCCCACACAUCCCUGCACCACACCACGUCCCAUGGCCAAGCCCAGGGCUACUCCCAGCCCUGAUCCACAGAGAUUUUCCCCCCAAAACCAGGCUGGAUCCAUACCCAUGGAAGAUGCAGUGCCUGAGGAGGCUGCAGGGCCUCUCUGCUGGUGGGAGGAGGCUCCUCUUGCUCAUUUUCCCCAGUAUUUAAUUAAUAUUUCUGGAAGGUUGCCAGGAUCCUAUUAGGAGUGGGACAGAUGGACACACAGGGACACACAGAACUUGCAGAGGAUCUGUUUAGGGAGCAGUGGGAAUGGGAUGGAUCCAGAGCCAGCAGCCCCUGGGCCUUUUGGGGCUCAGGGUUUGGAGAAGGCUUGGAUGUGGGAAUGAAGCCUCAAGGACUGGAUGCCAUCCCACAGCCCCUCAGGUUGCUGCUGGGAUGUUCAUAAUGGAUUCAGGAUGCUCCUCACUAAUUCUGGUGUCUGUUUUUUUCCAAGCCCAUCUGUUAAUGCUCCAAACAGCUUUCCAAAAAGAAAAAAUAAAAAAAAAGCAGUGCCUUGGUACUUACCCUGGGGUUAAACCAUCCCUGCAAUGGCAGCUUGGUAAUCCCAAGUUUUCCCAAAUAUUUGGGUGCAUCUUUGUAGCUGUUUGCUUAUUUAAUAAAACCUCAGUUUUCCAGACAAAUACCUCGAAGUGUGGAGUG